AGACGAGAGUAGCAAUGCCAGCCUCAGAAACUUUUUACCUGCUGUUGGAAGCCAGCGUGGUUCACAUGAAGUAGGACGCUCUGAACAGCCAUGUUCUUCCGGUGCCGGUGAUAUAAGAAAUUAUGUGGCUUCAAAUGAGACACUUGCUGCAGAAGUUUUGUGGGCACUGAAAGUAAUCUUGUCUCACUAUAGUUACAAGAGCUGUGAGGACAUUCCAGAACUAUUUAAACGUAUGUUUCCGGACAGCCAGAUAGCCAGCAAGUUUUCCUGUGGCGAGAAAAAAUGUGCUUACUUAGCUUGUUUUGGCAUAGCACCCUAUUUCCAACGUAAGCUUACGGAUGAAGUCACAAAACUUGAAUUGUUUGUUUUACUUUUUGAUGAAUCGCACAAUAAAGUUACCCAAACCAAGCAGAUGGAUCUGCAUGUUAGGUUUUGGGAUGCAAAGAACUCCAGAGUGCAGACAAGGUACCUAACCUCUGUAUUUCUGGGACAUGCUACAGCCGACGACCUUUUGGAAAAGAUCGUUAGCUACCUUGAUAGUAUCAAGAUUCAGAAGUCCAACAUAUUGCAGUUGUCAAUGGACGGGCCUUACGUGAAUUGGAAACUGCAUGAGCUAUUCCAGGAACUGAUCUCUGAGGUUGACGAAAACGCACCCAUCUUAGUUAACGUAGGCUCUUGUGGACUUCACAUUGUACACAAUGCUUUCAAAGCUGGAUCAAAGGCAUCUACUUGGAGCAUUCAGGAAGUUCUGUCUUCUCUUCAUUGGUUAUUUGUGGAUUCACCAGCACGAAGAGAGGAUUACACAGAAAUAACCAGCAGUGUUGUAUUUCCAAUUAAGUACUGCAAGCACAGAUGGCUGGAGAACCUGCCAGUUGUAGUACGGGCCCAGGAAAUAUGGAAAGAAGUCACUUUCUAUGUGACAACGGUGCAACGUAGCAGCAAAUAUAGUGUGCCAACUUCAAAGUCCUACAAGACGAUAAGAGAUUCAACCCAAGAUCCACUAAUGCCUCUCAAAUUUGCUGCUUUUGAGUCAGUGGCUAAACAGCUGCAACCAUUUCUGGUACAGUUCCAAAGCGACAGCCCUCUUCUACCAUUUGUGGCCAGCAGUCUAGAGAAGGUGAUUCGUGGUCUCAUGAAAAGGUUCGUCAAAGCUGAUGUACUCCAGGGUGCCAGCUCUGCAGUAAAGCUUCUGAAGAUUGACUUCAAGAAGAGGGAGAAUUGCCUUGACGUGGAGAAGUUGGAUGUUGGUUUUGUUGCUGCCACGAAGCUGAAAGAAUUGCAAGCAGCCAAGAAAAUCAGUGAUCGUCAGACAUAUGAAUUUAGGAAGGAAUUCCAGUCGUUCCUUACAGCUACAGUUGGAAAACUUAUUGAGAAGACCCCAAUUGCCUAUUCCCUUGCCAGGAACCUGUGCUGUUUGGGCGAGGUUCAAGAUUGUCCUCAAGAAAUUGGUAGAAUGCAAGAGGGUUGAUAUUCAUGAUUGUGACAUUUUGUUGUCACAGUACAGUGAAUUUACGGAACGGGCUACACAGGUGCACAAGUCUGAGUUUGAAGACUUUGACUUUACAGAUCAGAGAUUGGAUGCAUUUCUCCAAAAACACAUUGGUCUUGUCGGUUCACUUUCCAAACUGUGGGACGUUGUGAAAUUCCUCUUGUGUCUCUCACAUGGGCAAGCAAGUGUAGAAAGGGGAUUUUCCGUUAACCGACAGCUAAUGAUUGAGAAUAUGAAGGAGACCACUUUCGUUGCCCAACGCACCAUUCAUGACCACAUAUUGAGUAUUGAUGGAUUUCAUAAAUUGGUCAUUUCGAACGAGCUUCUUACCUCUGCUAAAGCAGGAAGACAGCGGUAUCACGCCCAUCUUGAAGAGCAGCGACAGCUUGCGAAAAAUGUUGCCAAAAGCCACAAACGAAAAUCUGUGGAUGAAGCAAAAGCUGAUUUCCAGAAGAAAAAGAAGAGACUUGAAACAGAGAUCACCACCUUACAGUUUGAUGCUGACAAAUUAGCUAAAGAGGCUGAGGUGAAGAGGCAGCUCGUCUUGUUAACCGAAUCAAAUGCACUCAGAAAUGCAGCAAAGGAGAAGAAGAUAGAACUAGAAAACUUAAACAAGGAAUUGGAAGAGUGUGAUAAAUAAGUCCGAGUGACAACCUGUCCAAAAGUACUGCUUUCUUGAAGUUAUUUACCAGAAUUGCAAGCAUUUAACCAUUGAACAAAUAGAUUUGUUCAUACAAGGAUGCACUCAUAUAUUUUUCUAUAUUGUAGAUGAAAACUGAAACCUCAUACUGCAAUUGUGAACACUGAAACAAUGACUGUAUUGUAAGGAAAUUAAGAUUUUAUAGUUCUGGGCUGUACAGGUUUUGUUAGGAAAUUAAGUCUGGAUUAUACAGUUUUUGUUACGAAAUUUUAAAAGAUAUAGUUCUGGAUUGUACAGAUUUUGUUAGGAAAUUAAGUCUGCAUUGUAUAGAUUUUGUUAGGAAAUUUUAAUAGAUAUAGUUCUGGACUGUACAGUUUUAUAAGGAAAUUUUAAAAGAUAUAGUUCUGGACUGUAAAGUUUAUCUUAGGAAAUUUAAAAGAUAUAGUUCUGGACUGUAAAGUUUAGUAAAAAAGUAUCUGUUUACGUCGUGUUGUUGCACUUGUGUCAUUUUGUUGCACGGAAAUAAAGAUUCCGUGUUAUACGUAUGAAUUUAACUGGUCUUAGCAUCUUCUUUUCUACAAUUUGGUUAACAUGCAAGGAAAAAACGAAUUGAUGGUACUGUAAGUAUAUAUUGAGAAAAAUAAUUUGAACAAUUGGGUCAUGGAAAAUCGGAAAAGGUCAUGGAAAAAGUCAUGGAAAGUCAUGGAAUGUCAGAAAGUCAAA